CUUCGUACGUCACUUCCGACUGAAGUGCCUGCGGGGCGCCUGCCUGUGCUGCUUGCCUGGUUGGGAGGGGACAGUCACGGAGCGGAGGGCUUUCGCUAGAGGAGCAGUAAACCCACUCACCUCACCAAAGCAUCGGAGACUCGGUUUAAUAUGUCCACGAGUUGAACAUUAUUGAUUGCCGUUUGUCUACGCUCUCUUACCCACUGAAUAGCGGCCCUGAGGACUUGUUCUCUCUCCCACUGGCCCGCUUCGGUGACAAACCGAGCACGCCGCCGCUGUUAUUGUGAGAAAGAAAACAAGCUAGUCGGCUAAGCUUGUGUGAUCAUUGACAGAGUUCAAUACACACAAGCGGAGAGUGAUAAACGGCAGAGGGAGCCUUGUACGGCCCUACUCGUGAAACUCUUCGAGGAGUGGGACUAUUUCACAGCGAAGGCCCUUGGGACAAGUGUGGUAUCUGAGUUGCUGUCACUCUCUCGAGCAGUUAGUUUGAAUAGUUUUCACCAGCGGCCUGCCACCCCCUCCCAACCCCACAGUUUUCUGCCCCAGCAUGAAUGAAGUCAGCGUUGUGAGAGAGGGAUGGCUCCACAAGAGAGGUGAAUACAUUAAAACUUGGAGGCCUCGUUAUUUCAUCUUAAAGAGUGACGGCUCCUUCAUCGGCUACAAAGAGAAGCCUGAAGUGUCCAGUGAUCACAGCCUGCCACCUCUCAACAACUUCUCCGUCGCAGAGUGCCAGCUAAUGAAGACAGAGAGGCCCAGGCCCAAUACAUUUGUAAUCCGCUGCCUCCAGUGGACCUCAGUGAUUGAGCGCACCUUUCAUGUCGACAGCAAUGAGGAGAGGGAAGAAUGGAUGCGUUCCAUCCAGGCGGUGGCAAACAGCCUGAAGAGUCAGCAGCAAGAUGAGGAGCCCAUGGAGAUCAAAUUUGGCUCGCCAAGCGACAGCAGCGGAGCAGAGGAGAUGGAGAUCGCCAUAUCCAAAUCUCGCUCAAAAGUGCAGACCAUGAGUGAUUUCGACUACCUGAAGUUACUGGGCAAAGGCACCUUUGGUAAAGUGAUCCUGGUGAAAGAGAAGGCUACGGGAAUGUACUACGCCAUGAAAAUCCUCCGCAAAGAAGUCAUCAUUGCAAAAGACGAGGUGGCGCACACAGUGACUGAGAGCAGAGUACUCCAAAAUACGCGGCAUCCCUUUCUCACAACACUAAAGUAUGCUUUUCAAACAAAUGAUCGUCUAUGCUUUGUGAUGGAGUAUGCAAAUGGCGGAGAACUUUUCUUUCACUUAUCUCGCGACCGAGUGUUCACAGAAGACAGGGCCCGAUUCUACGGUGCAGAAAUUGUAUCAGCACUGGAGUACCUACACUCAUGCAAUGUUGUUUACAGGGAUUUAAAGCUGGAAAAUCUAAUGUUGGACAAGGAUGGCCACAUAAAGAUAACAGACUUUGGCCUGUGCAAAGAAGGCAUCACAGAUGGUGCUACCAUGAAAACCUUCUGUGGGACUCCUGAAUAUCUGGCACCUGAGGUACUAGAGGACAACGACUACGGUCGUGCUGUGGACUGGUGGGGACUGGGUGUGGUCAUGUACGAGAUGAUGUGUGGCCGUUUGCCCUUCUACAACCAGGACCAUGAGCGACUCUUUGAGCUCAUUCUUAUGGAGGAAAUCCGCUUCCCUAAGAACCUGGCUCCUGAAGCCAAGGCGCUGCUGGCCGGCCUGCUCAAGAAGGAUCCUAAGCAGAGGCUCGGAGGCGGACCUGACGAUGCCAAAGAAGUGAUGACCCACAAGUUCUUUACCUCCAUGAAUUGGCAAGAUGUCCUGGAGAAGAAGCUUGUCCCACCGUUCAAGCCCCAGGUAACUUCAGAAACGGAUACGAGAUAUUUCGACGACGAGUUCACAGCACAAACUAUCACCAUAACCCCACCAGAUAAGUAUGACAGUUUAGACGCAGAGGACUCAGAUCAGCGUACACACUUCCCUCAGUUCUCUUACUCUGCCAGCAUACGAGAAUAGUGGCUCAGACUUUUGACCAAACAGGCAGGCUAACACACAACCCAAAUCUCACGUACGCACUUGCACUGCUGAGGACAAAUCAAAAGACACACACAAAUAAACUGGCACAAGACACAUUCUCAUCCAGCCUUUGACCCCCUCUCCUUUGCUCACCCUGCAAACACAUAGACCAGCAGAAAAUAAUGUACACGAUUAACACGCGGGCUGUGAGUCUUCAAGUUUGCGAGUGAUGGACCUCAGCGGGUUUUACGUGGACGGACGGGCAGCUUAGUCUCCGUACAUCCUCUCAGGGGGGCUAUUGCUGCUCUACACUGAGCACACUUUAAAACCAGGUUAUGCCAGCAAGUACCAGCUCGUUACCAGCCGUAGACACAAAAACAUGACGCAUAGACUGCAUCUUAUAUAGAAACCUUGUUGAUACAUUUUUUAAAAUCAAAAAUUAGACGUCUUGAUGAGAUAUUGGGUGAUAAUUGACCAAUUGAGCUUCAUCAAUUGUUACGGUUUUAAAUAUAAAGCCAUAUUUCAGCUUUUUUUUUUUUUUUAAAUAAGUGCUCUUUCUGGAACUUGCUGUUACAAAUCAAUUGUGUGUGUGCGCGUGCCUGCAAUGGAGAGAGUGGGGGAAGGGCAAGUUUGCCAUUUCUGUGUAUGCACUGCAUAUGUGUUGACGUCCGAAUGAAUGUGCUAGAGAACUUUCGAACAAUUUUGUUUUGCAACCAUCCAUUUUGUUUGUUUUUCAUGGAUGCUGAACAUGGGCAAGCAUGAACACUACACAGUGAUGACCUAAAGGGAACAAGUGUGUUAUUUAUAUUUGAAAAAAAAAAAAAUUGUAGUGCGCGACUUGGCGCUAAAUUUGCUGUUUGGCUUCUUGUGCAUGGCUUUUUAAAUCUUUUUUUUAAAAGCAAAUGUCAAACACUUGUAUGUUCUGCGUAGUUGCAUUUCACAAACACAGUCACAUGAACAAGACAAGUUUAAGGUCACUUGCCCGACGUGUCAGAGACAACUUGACCUCAGCCAUUUACCACCAUCAGUCCAUUCAUCUUCACUGCCAGGCUUCAUUCAGAUUAGCUACCCAUCUUUCCGUUUGUAAUUCCAUAUUUCAUUUGUUAGAAAAGUAGUCUUUUGAAUGUCCCCUUGUUCAAGAACAAAAAGUGUUAAGUCUUUAUAAUAUAUCCAAAAGACAACUUAUUGACUGACUAGGUGGAUGUUUAACACUUCAAAUGAUUCCACGUUGGAUGUUGGUCUUGUGUUUCCUGGGAAAUUAUCUCCUAAGCACUUAAAUCUAUAGUGCCGUGGAAAACUCUACUGUAUGUCACUUAUUUUAAUUUAUUUUUUUUUGCAUAGUUUCACCACUUUAUCAAUUUGUUGAGCACAAUCAAAUGAAAAUUGAAGCGCAAAGCAUUGAUUAAUAUCUUUUUAAUAAUUCUGUGAGAAUGAGUGGGCCAGAAUAACAGAGAUGCUAACCAGCUAUUACAUUUAGGAGACAAUUACUUUUUCUCACUAAAGUGGUAAAAUGCAGGGGUAGAAAAAAAGGAGAAGGGCUUGAAUAUUUUAACAUGGCACUGUAAACCUGCCUGAAGCACUCGGUUUCAAAACAAUGAGACACACACGAGCAUCUCAAGCAAUCUUAAACUGAAACAGAGGGGUAUAUAUUAAUCAAUAAACCCUUUUUACACCGCCAUAUUCAAGCCCUUCUCCCAUGUCUCUGUGCUUUAUUAACAUCACCAGCAUGGAAUGGGGUAGCAGGGCAAGUAUACCCAGCAAUUUUUCUGCCUUUGGACAUAGUAUCAGAGCCAUGACAGGAAUGCCAAUUCAUGUGUGAGUUCCUUGUGUAAGAACAUUCUGCAGUGGAAGUGAAAGCAAUUACUGCUGUCUGAAACUUUUUAUUAAACAUACCGAACACUGGCGCUUUUGCAGGCAAUGUCCUGCUUCGCUGAGUUUUGUGUAAAAGGUAAAUGCAGAUAAAUGUAUCUUGUUUGGGUUCUAAUGAAGCAAUAUAGAGGUAUUCCUUUAAAAUGGUCUCAUUUCGGCUGAUGUAUAGAUCGUCUAGUUCAAUCAAGUUCUGGACGGAUUUUUAUGAAAUCGUGCUUGUAUUUUAUUAUUGCUGGAGAAUAUGCUGGCUAAAAUUUGAAUCAAUUUUUUUUUCUGUUUUUGUCAUUCUUUGUGUGUCCCCCUUUUUUGUCCAUAUAUUUCUAAAUACAAUUUGGAAAAUUUCCUGUUUAACUAUACAUUCUAUAAAAUAUAUAUUAAAAUGUUUUAAACUGC